GCCUCUUACAGUAUACAGACCAGGAGAGGUAAACAUUUCCCCAAUUGGGGGAUCCAUUCCUUCUACCAGCAUCACUUCAGUGUAGAGACCAAGGUAACAAUAACUGCACUAUUGUUUUCUACAAAAUGAUCAAAUAUAUUCCAGAAAAUUAUACAUAGUGUAACAUGAGAUUGGUAUUGAUGCGGGAAGCCCUGUUGGUUGUGUUAGAUCAUGUUAACUCUGGCAGCACGAGAAAAUUGUAAUUCUGCACUGGUGAUCUUCUUGUUGAGUAGGCUGGGAAUAAUUAUUUGUGUACUGUGAAAUUAAAGUAGAGGAAUCUAUGGAGUUCAUGAGUCUUUAACUGUGCUAAAUGUUUAUAUACUAUCCAUCUGAAAGAUGUGCUAAUAGGAUCCAGGUAAAAUGGUCAGCGUGUAAAUAUACUUUUACAGCAGCCUGACUGAAUACCUGAGUUUGAUUCCUAAAACUCACAUGUAGAGGGGUAAGAGAACUCACUUUGUAAAGUUGUUAUUUGCAACUUGGAUUGGGCACACCUAUCCCAAGAGCAAUAUUAAUAAAAAAAAUCGAAAAAUAAUUCUGUAAUUAAAGGAUUCUUUCUUUUGUUAAGGAAUAAGGCAAAAGAAGAAUCACUUCAGAAAACUUCAUACAUUAAAAAUCUAGAAAAGAAUGCAUGUGCAGCUUGUUUUUAUUGUCUUCUGGUUCUCAGCUGAGUUUUUAAUGUGAGGGAAAGGCCAGUUACAAAUGCUUACUGUUUACUAAUGCAUUAUGUUAUUGUUAUUUUUAUGUUAUAUGUGACAUGACUGUGUACAUGGAAUGAUUUUGGAUUGAAACUUAAUAUUGUAUCUUCUAUGCCUCUCUCUGUUGCUCCCACACCCCACCAAGCAAAGUCCCCUUUCUACUUUCCUGAUUGCUGCAGUUACUAAAAAUUACAAAGCAUUUCUGAAGACUUUGAAUCAGGAGCUCCUGAUGAGAUGGCCUGGAUUGGAUUAUCUGACUCAAUAGGAUCUUUUCUAGUUAAAUACAUUUACCAGGUCUAAGCAUGGAAAGGAAUGUGUACAUAGUGGCUGGGUAGAGAGGUUGGAGAUCUGAGCUGAUUGGGCCUCAACCCAAGAGAUAUUUAAGCGUCUUAGAUCACCUGCAGAAGUAUAUGGGGAACUCUGAGAGUCAUGUAUAUAUAUGUAUAUAUAUAAAGACUGUAAUAACAUUCAAUAUUAAUAUAUUUAUCAAAAUAUGCAAAUAAUUUCAAAGUAACAUUUUUAUUUAUUUCUAAGGCUUUGAUACUUUGUUAUUUGCAUAAUUUUUCAAUGUUUUUCACUGAUACCAAUUUUACCUAACAUUUCUAUGUGCUGAAUAAUUUGAACAAACAGGCUGUGUUAAUACCAGAAUGACUUAGUAGUAAAUUUUUAAUUCUUUUCAUAUUUACUAGAAAUUGUUGUUGCCAUUAGAAUUAUAAACCAUUUUAAUACAAGUCUGCAAAGGGAAAUCACCUCAAAUGGAAAUCGGGGUCAUUCCACGUCAGGAUGUUUGGAUCAUUAAGGGAAUUAGACAGACCCCACCUUUCCCAACCUUCGGUAUUACCAGUCCAUGUACCUUUUAAAGGUGGAUAUUUUAACAUUUUGUUAAAACACUCAGGAACAUAUUAUAAUAGAGAACAUACUCUACAUACUCCCAAGAUGAGUGAGCAGGAGGUCAUUUUCUCCACUGAGAGAUUUCAUAAGUCUUCAGGGUUACAGAACCAGGUGAGGCCUGAGGAGACUCAGCAGUCCAGAAAAGCUGGCCCCAGAGUGUGUUCAGUCCCCUGUCAGCUCAUUGUGAUAGCUCUUGUAGUCCUCUGUUCCCUUCGGCUGGUAAUCGUUGCUGUGUUGGUGACAAACAUUUUUCAGUAUACUCAAGAAAAACAUGAAUUGCAGGAAACUCUAAUCUACCACCACAAUUGCAGCGCCAUGCAAAGUGACAUUGACUUAAAUGAAGAAAUGCUGAGAAACAAGUCAAUAGACUGUAGUACAGGCAAUGAUCUUCUGGAGUCGCUGAACAGAGAACAGAACAGAUGGUACAGCAAAACCAAGGCUGUCGUAAAAUCCUCACAGCACACAGGCAGUGAAAUUGAAACAUACUGUUUCUGCUAUGGUAUAAAAUGUUAUUAUGUCAUCAAGGAUGGAAAAUCAUGGGAUGAAUGUAAACAGACCUGCCAGAAUUCCAGUUUAUUCCUCCUGAAGAUAGAUGAUGAGGACGAACGGAAGUUCCUUCAGCAAGAGCUUAUUCCAGACAAUUACUGGAUUGGAUUUUCAUAUGAUAAAGAAAAAAAGGAAUGGGCAUGGAUUGAAAAUGGACCAUCUAAACUUGCUUCAAACACAGUGAAAUUCAAUGAAAAGCUUGGAGGAUGUGUAUUUUUAUCUAAAACAAGACUAGACCAUGUUGACUGUAGAAAUUUAUACAGCUGUAUUUGUGGGAAGAGAUUGAAUAAAUUCCCAGAUUUACUCUUCAAUUAG